CACAGGUAGCAGUGGGCUUAACAAAAUUGCUAACGGGAAUAUUCCUUUUCCGACGCUCGUGUUUAAAUGUUUAAUCUUUUGGUGCCGUGAAAUUUACCUUCGAGUGACAGUCAGCAAUCGUGCGGCACUGCUUCGCUUCGAAGUUCGAAGGUUCCCACCUGGACCUUCCAUCAUGCCCAACACAAGCUCCUCUCUCUCUUGACAAGUAGCGGUACAGUGUAGAGCACCAGACGAUAGAGUAGACAACAACCCACAACGCAUAACGCACAGCUUAGUUUGACGAAGAAGAGUAAGCCACAAUGAAAGAGCAACAUCCCGACGAUGGUACAGAAGGGGACGACUCGGAAGCAGCCGAAGAGGGACAAGUAGUGAGAUCCCACCCUACCGAAGUUCCCCAGCGAGUGCACUACCGAUGCGCCGUUCUCCAGCGAUUCGUACCGCGAGGCAGAGUCGCUAUGAUCGUCUCGGGAUCCGUGUUACUACUGAGUCUGGGUGUGUUGAUUCUAUUGAUAGUCAGGGGUAACAGUAGUAGUGAGGACGGAAGCGCCAUGAUUUCGGCGACAACAAGCACAACGACGAAUACCCAGAUUCUCUCACAGGAUGAGACUACAACUACAUCUUCCACCACCAAUAGUCGAAGUGAUAACACCCAGAUGCCCACCACGGUCCAAGAGACGCAACGGCCCAUGACGAUACUGUGGGAGAUUGGGGACUUCUCUGCCAUCAGCCGCCAAGACCCCACCUUGGUUCCGUUUCCUCUCGAGGCGUCACAGUGUCGAUUGGCCGACGGAGAAUACUUUACCGAUCUGUUCGAAGAACCCUUUGAAAGCCCCUCGAUUGAUCUCAUCACACCCUCGUGGUUGGAUUACACCACCAUUGGCUCCCCCUUUAAUCGGACCUUUGAUGUGGUCGCCAAUCACACGGUACUGGAGAAUGGCGUCAUCUUUAACGUGGAGACAGUUCCCCAAGUACUUCCGGAACACUUGCAGAGUCCUCGCCUCAGUGAAAGUGACAUUCUGGAAGCCGUCCUAACCGAGGCGGGAAAGUUUUAUCGCGAACCCACCUACCCGAUUCCACUCUCCCCGGAAGUGCAUGUCGAAAUCAUGUCCCGACUGGACCCUGACAAGACUGUCUUUGCCGGUGGACAGGGCUUUUUGGCAGCGGGAAUGCUGGCGUUUGCCCAGCAUCUUCCCUUGGCUCUGUCUCCGGAUCAUCUCUGGGCGGUCAUUGCCUCCGGAUUCGCCUAUCACGUGGACCAAUAUGCGGAAGAGCUCAGACAUCACUUUGUCAACCACACGGGACAAGCAGAGAUUCAUAUCCAAGAAGAUACCAUGUUGCGACGUCAAUCCCCGCCCGAACAGUGGGAAGCCUUGAUAUUCCCAAAGUUUGCAGAAGAGAUUCGCGCCAAUAUGAACAAUACACUCGUCUACGACUUGAUGGUCGAACAAACCUUCACGACCACCACACCCACCAGUCAUGCGGCAUCCCGCAUCACACUCAUGGCGGCACUCAAGGCAUACUUUAGCUAUUCCAUGACGACCGCCUGUGGCAUUCCGCAAAUCAAACUCGAAGGCCGUCGCAAAGAUUGGGUGGCACUACGGACCCGCACCCAACAUCUCAGUGAAUUCAUGUUGGUCAAUCAUCCCCAAGGAGACUUGUGGAUCAAUGACGUGGUGGUGCCCAUUCUAGAUCAGUUUAUUGAUGCGUACGAUGGUAAUGUGAACUAUUGCUUUUGGCAAAAUAUGGUGAAAUUCCGCAACAGCGCGGAUGGAAGUGGUGCCUAUGAUUUCUUGUCGGGAUGGUUGCCCAAUCUCUUUCCUUAUCUGACUUUUGGCAAUGGAGAAAUUCGCGAGAAUCGAUACUUGCGACAUUGGAGUCUCUCUGCCAUGGGAGACCAGAAAGGACCCGAUCCGAGCCAUAUCCCCAUUCAAAUGUCGUCGGCGCCCGUGUUGUGGAACUACCUCGAAGACGAGUUUCACCUCCACUUUCACGCCGGAUUUCGUGGAGUCGAGCAACUCGAUGAGGACGAGGAUGUCAGUAGCACCGGUGGGAUGCUAAGGCCGGUGUUGGGAUGGUACAUUACGUACGACCCAGUAGUGUGAGGUGGGUGGUUGCCUGCCUUGCGUUGCCCACACCCCUGCAGACUCGAUCUGCUGUUUGCACAAGAUUGCUACAUGUCCCACCACCACCAUUCCUUACUAAAUGCACAAAUCCAAUUAGAUAUUAGCGUACACCUAUAAUUACUGCAUGCAUUCGCUGUUUUUU